CCGCCUCGCCUCCUCCACACGCAUCUCCUCUCCCGCGAGACAGAUCCCUUCCCCUCUCCGCUCCCCGCUCCUCCUGCCUCCGAUUCUCUAUAAAAGACCCCGAAUUUCGAAAUUUCACGCCGACCUUCCCUGCCCGCGCGCCUCUUCCCGCCAUUUCCGGCCUCGGAUCCGCUCUGAUUCGGCCGGGCUCGUCUGUCGCCAUGGCGGAGGCCGCGCUGGAGGGGAGCGAGCCGGUGGAUCUGUCCAAGCACCCCUCCGGCAUCAUCCCCACCCUCCAGAAUAUCGUGUCAACUGUCAAUUUGGACUGUAAAUUAGACCUCAAAGCAAUAGCUCUGCAAGCACGUAACGCAGAAUAUAAUCCAAAGCGUUUUGCUGCAGUUAUCAUGAGAAUAAGAGAACCAAAAACUACAGCACUGAUAUUCGCAUCGGGUAAAAUGGUAUGUACUGGAGCAAAGAGUGAACAGCAAUCCAAGCUUGCAGCAAGAAAGUAUGCUCGUAUUAUUCAGAAACUUGGCUUUCCAGCUAAAUUCAAGGACUUCAAGAUUCAGAAUAUUGUGGGCUCUUGUGAUGUCAAAUUUCCAAUUAGACUAGAGGGCCUUGCAUAUUCUCAUGGUGCUUUCUCAAGUUAUGAGCCAGAACUUUUUCCUGGCCUGAUCUAUCGAAUGAAGCAACCGAAGAUUGUUCUUCUGAUUUUUGUUUCAGGCAAGAUUGUCUUGACCGGGGCAAAGGUGAGAGAAGAGACAUACACUGCGUUUGAAAAUAUAUACCCUGUACUCACAGAGUUCAGAAAAGUUCAGCAAUGAUAACCUACAACUACAAGGUCCCCUGAGAUUUUGCCAUCUCGUGAGCCGUGACUGCUACUAAUUUGAGCUGUACAUAAUAGUCUGGAGGAGUCAAUAGCAUGUUGCAAUUUGAUGCGGGCUUUGAUGUGUCUGUUGUGGUUGGACGGGUGUCCCAUGAUGUCAUGGAUUGAGGCCUGAGACGCCUUAUCCAUUUGGUCUCUUGAUGAUGAUAAUAGGUCCACCAUGCAAUCGAUUUAAGAGUUGGUCAACAAAAAGAGUCUUUAAUUCUGGAAGUAGAGUUUAUAUGUGACCUACAGGGAAGACAAUGUGCAACAAAGCAACUUGGGAGAUGAGAGCUCUAAUUUGUGAUUUAUAUAGAAGAAAGGAGUCUUCUCUGAGUACUUUCAGCAAACUGCACUGCAUGGUGUAAGUUUUGGUGAUGCACAAUGAUGAGAAGGCUAAAGAUGUUGUUGACAGACAAUGUUUGUAUGUACUGUUGAAAUUAUGUAUGUAGCUGUGUUUGUCAUUUUACUGCUGUGGUUUGUACUCCUUGAGAUGUUUCAACAUGCCUGAGCGAAUGGUGAAUACUGCUUUUUGUGCUGCUA